AUCAUAUUCGCAUGUCUGAACGGAGAUCACCUCUUCUGGUCACCGAGGAACACAGGAAUUUGGAGUGAUGAAGCCGCGAUCAACUCCCUUUUAAUGACAUGGAGGAUCGGUAGGAAGACAAGAACCGCCAACUUCAACACGAAAUCACUCGGUUCUCUCUCACACUCACCGUCCAUGGUCUCCCUCACCGCGUUCAGGUUAGCAGCGUUCGCCAUUGCUCCACCUUUCACCCGGAACCACAGCCGCCCGGUCCCCGCCCAUUACAUCACCACAUCUUUAAAAAAAACUAAACUAGUCACCGUAGCAAGCAGGAAACUGUGGUAAUAAAUCUUGUGAAAUAACCGGUCGGCGUCCAACCGAUGAAACGGGAUCGACUUAUUAUCACUGUGAAGGUUUUCCUCUGGGUCAGCGGCCGUUUAGAAUCUUGGCUGCCGUUUGAAUCUGAUUGGUUGAUGCUGGCGCGCACCCGCCGAUUGGUUGCCGUCUCACCGCCCAAGGAGACAUUCCGAUUGGCUAACGAUAACUGAGACCGGUAAUUGGCUAUAUCCCUUGCCAAUGUUUGUGUUUCUUUGGCUGCCACCAUCCAAACCAGGUGAUUGGCUGGCUGCGUUCGCUGCGGUAGCCGCUGAUUGGCCAGCGGCUGCGGGAGGGACAUUCAAGGCAACGAACUCGGUGAGAGGAAUAUUGAAGGUAUUACCAGAUCUACUGAGAUUCUACAGCAUUUCCGGUUGUUGUUUCCAGUUUCCAAUAUCUGCAGUAUUUUGUUUUCAUUAAAAGAAAGUGGAAAGGUUCUACUUACUAUAAGGAAGAGGAAUGGGAGAUUUGAAGAGUGAGACCAGGGUACAUGUAACACCAGACACACCCGGGCGACCUCCUGUUUCAAAUCCUUUUGAGAGCCCCAGUGAUUAUGCAACAUUGCAUGAACCAGUAGUCCCUAGUCCCUCUGUCUUCAAAUUAGUGAAAACACCUGAUUCACAGACACCUGGAAAAUUCAGAUGGUCCAUUGGAGAGCUUGCCAUCCUGCAUCCUAUUGAAAUUGAUCCAGAAGAUGUUCACCAGCAAUCUGCAUACAUGAGCUGCACCAGAUUAGAUAAUGAUAUUGAGGCAAGAAAACAAAAAGCCAUUGAAGAAUUUUUCUUGAAUAGUGUCAUUGUCCCUUCUCCUUGGACUCAACCUGAAGGGAAAGCGAUUCUACAAUCCCAUCGAAUCAAAUGUUCAUCCUGGGAGAGGAAUUCUUCAGUUCUAACAAAAGAAUCUGUUACAUUACCUGGAAUGCAUAAUGCAGCUUGUCAGACUGUGUUGUCGUUACCUGUAGGUUUUGAUCUGGAGAAAAUAAUAGGUGAACAUUAUAAAUUGGAAGACCUUGCUGACCAAUCCCAUGAAAGUCUGAGUGCAUCUUCACUUCGGAGAAAGCUGUUUAUUGAUGGUGAAAGAAGCUACUCUGAUAGCUCCUCCCUCCCCUCUCCAGAAGAAAGUCCAUGUGGUGGAUCUGUUCAGCCUCACGUAAAUCUAAGGUCAUCGGAUUCCUCACCAUUUCGAUGCAAGAGCCCGACAAAAACUCCUAGUUCUGGGCAAUUUUCAUCAAGUCCCAUUCAAGAUGUUGGAAGAGCGUGUAGUUUAGGGAGCCUAACAAGCCCCAUGUUCCCAGGGAAGUCAUCACCGAAUACUGCAUCACCACCUUUGUCUCCGAUUGAACCUCAGUUUGACAAAAUGCCAGUUUCAGAAGAAAGGAGCUUUACUUCCAUGUCUCCUGUUGCUCCAGCUGCAGCUAUUUUAGAUGGGAAUUUUGACCACUGUACAGAAUCGCCUUUCAUAGAAGGAUGUUCACCAAUUAAAAUAUGUCCACCUAUGAAUCCCAGACUUCACAGUGACCUUUGUCACAUUUCUCCUCAAAAGUUAACUCUUCAGCAUGAACACAAAAAUGAGGAGAGAACACAUUCUCCAGUACAAGAAAUAGAUGCAGAAGUGUUCUCUUUAUAUUUGGGAGCAGAAAAUAAAACAUGUCUCAAUCUCUCGGAUGUCACAGAAAAUAUAAUAGUGCUUCAAGAUGAGAAUGAGGAUCAUACUGUUGAUAUGGCUGACCUAGGAGCACCUGAAGGCAAUGAUAGCAGUUGGGUAAAAGAAUCAGAAGGCAAUAUUAGUAUUCCAAGGACUAGCUCAACUGAAAUUGCAUUUAAUGUGGAUAGCCCUCACAUGUAUAUGUCACCUCUUGCAGAAAGCAGUGCUAUUCCUUCUGAGAGCAUUAGUAUGCAGGCUGAUAGUGGAUAUAAUACACAAACCACUUCUGCAAGUAGCCUAAUGGAUGCUAUUGGAACAGAUAGCCAGCUUGGUAAAGAGCAUUUGGAAAUGCAAUCUCUCGUUGGAACUUUCCCUUCAAAUAAGUUUAAUCUAAAAUCUAAGGAUGUCCUUUGCUCUGAGUGUAAAGAGAACAAAGAAGUUAUGGGAUUGAAUUCAGCUGCUAACUCAAAUAAACCCUUUCAUAUCAGUAGGCUGCGUUCAUCAUAUGAUAUGGUACUCAGCCAGAACAUCUGCUAUCUGAAUGCUUGGAAAAAUCCCUGUGAACAAACACUGAAUAGAAUUUUUCAAAAGAAUGCAAAGUAUUCUCCAACCCUACUACGUGACGAGAGACCAUGUUUCAUAAAACAACCUCUUGAAAUGACUGUGGAGGAACCUGAACCCAUCACUGAUAACCCGAUGCCUGUGUUUUAACUGAGUCAUUAAUACAAUAUUAAGUAAUCUUUGUUGAAUUUGAAAGGAUUUAAGUGAUUUUGUAAGUGCUACAAUUGGCUUGAUUCAUUAAUAACCUGAAAACAUCUGAAGCACAAUUAGAAUGAGUGACAACGAACUUGACCAGCACUUCUGAAAACAUUAAUUGCAUGUAAUCAAAAAGAUGCUAUUGAUAAAGUUCCUGAAUUUACUGAUCAACUACCCAUAAAAUCAUGCAUUUAAAGCAGCAGCCUCAGGUUACGCAUAGCUUUUUUUCACUCAAAUUUAUGCAUAAGCAAAAAUCCCCAAUAGUCAUAUUUGUCUUAUGGCCAGGUAUAUAGUGUUUUUUUUAAUCUAAGAAAAUAAAGAACUUUUUGAACAAUAUCUGAAGUCGGUGGCCAUUUACCGUCCUUUCAAUGACUUGUCAUCUGGCUCUGACUAGAAACAUUUAAAUCAGGAUCUUGGCAUUCUAAGAAUUGUUAAAUGAGCUUGGAUGCAUAGAAAAGCUGGUACAAUCAAUCAAGUUUAAAUUUAAACAUUAAAA